UGGCGGGUAGUUAGACAUACCGUUGCUUUUAAAAGUAAUAACUGACAAUCUACAUAUUUUUUUUUGUAUCUACUUACGUGAUACAUUGUGAAAUUUGUUUUAUAACAAUUGUUUACUGCAUUGUUAUUUGUAGUAUUAUAAUGUCUAUUUAGUGCAAGGUGCAUAAAUACUUACAUUUUCUUGUUAUCAAAAAUAAGUGACACAAUGUCUACAAAUGAAAAAAAAAAAAUUAUUGUGGCUGUCAGUGAUACGUCUGAAGAAAUUGAAAAUUUUAAUAAUAAUUCGAUAGAAGUAAUACGCAGAGAAUCAAAACAAGAUACAAUUAAUACAUCAUGGGAAAAAACUUGUUAUGUUUCAUUUCAUGAUUGUAUGAAAGAUUAUAAUAAGACACCUCCUUUUGUGAGCAUUAUGGUAAAUGACGAACCAAAUUUAAAUAUUGGGAAUUCUGUAGAUAGUUCCACGCAAACUGCACCAUUUGUUACUUUACCUAUAAAUUGCAGUAUCGUAGACGUGAGUCUGUCAUUUAGUAAAGAUUUUAGCAUACAUGACUCUACAUCAAAUGACAACUCUGAACAAUCUUUACCGAGUAAACGUUAUAGAUGCGAUUCUAGCGAUGGUGACGAUAAGGCUAUUAGGCCUUGGAAGAAGACUAAAUGUAUGGACUCUUGUUCUUCAAGCACUUCCGACUUGUUUGAUGCAAAAGUUUCACUGGGACAAUCUGCCUCGUCGUGUCAAUUGUCGAGCAAUUCAGACGUUUCGUUCAAAUCCAUUACUAGUAAUCACUCUUACAAAGUGCGAAAAAGACGAUUGAAAUCUGAGACUAAUUUGUUCAGAGAUGUCCUUCAACGGUCAAAGAAAGCCAUUACCAGCGCAAAACGUGGAACACCACGGAGGGAGCGGAACCACCGGCGAAACUCAAAGCCGAAAGCAUGGAAGAUCGUAGACCUUUGUACGUGGAUUGGCAAAAAGGGAUACCAGUCUCUCACAGGACUGUAUUCUGACAUGCUAAGGGAGCCAAUACUUAAUAAGGAAACAAUUGACGCACCUGCUGAGGAAUUGAAGGAACUCAAGAAGUUUCUUGAACAAGUGGAUCUCAAACAAGAAAGACUCGCCCAAGAGAACGAGAUGCUUAAAGAGGGAAUGAUGAAGAUGAUGAAUAAAAUUGAAGAACUCGAGGGUAAGCUCAGGAGACCGCCGCCACCACCUCCGCCGCCGCCACCACCUCCACCACCACCACCGCCACCUCCGCCACCACCGCCUCCACCGCAGCCGUCCAAACUGCCAGUGCGCUCUAACACUAUACCGAGGUGUGGCUCCGCACCUCCCAGGAUAGCUGGACCGCGGUUAACUAUCACCCCUCAGGAUAUUGCUAAUGUGAAACUGAGGAAGGCUAAGGACAACCCAGUAAAGGCCAAGCCUAAGGAGACUCAGCAACCGUUGGUGACGCAACAAAUGCUGCAGUCCACUCGGGCCAAGCUCGGUCGCGCCCGGCCGGUCGCCGCCUCGACGCCCAAACAACAGCUGUCCGAGUUGGAGAAAUGUCUUCUGCAAGAGACGUCGGUGACGUCGCUUUACAGAAGACGCGUGGCCCGGGGCACGUUCCGCAGCGCGGAGGAGCUGCGCGCGCGGCCGUACCCCGCGGCGCGCUGCCCGCGCUCCCCGCGCGAGCCCCGCUCCCCGCGCUCUAACUCUCUGCCUCGAGUCGCGGCUAUAUCUCCACUCAAAUUCCCUAACCCGUUGCCCCAGUAGUGGCUUUAUAAAAAAAAACAUUCGGUCACUGCUGGCUUUUGAUACGGUUUUUACUGCGGGCUUUAUUUUACAGUGACUCUUAAAAGACAUUUUUAAGAUCUUUCUUCUAUAUCUAGUCUUGAAUGUUGACGUUAAAAUUGUGUGUAUAUUUGUGUUGUUUUAGUAUAUGUGCCGCUAGGGAAGUUUAACAUUAACGACUCAAAUAUUCUGUUAUUGAACAUAAGUUGGCUAUAUUUUCGUCUUUUAACUAAACUAUUUUUACUUUAGUAGAAGUUUUAUCUCUACAAUAAUUAUUUGAAAAAAAUCAUGUUAUCUGCUUAUUUGAUGUAAACCUUUCCUCCUUAUUAUAUAUUUACUUGAUAUCUUACAUCUCGAAAUGCGUUGAAAUAUGUUUUUAAAAUUAUAGUACUAGAUAUGAGACAAAAUACGUAAGUUAUGACGACUUUAAACAUAAAUAUUGAUGAUAUUUAUAAAUUCAUGUGCACAAUACAUGAUGUAUAACUUUUUGAUUAUUUGUAAUCAUAUAACCAAUUAUAAUUGUAUGAUAUUGAUUAUUUUCUAAAUUAAUAAAAAAUAUUUAUAUU